AUGCUCGCAGCCCCCCGUCCGCCUCGCACGGCCGCCUUCACUAAUAGGCAGGUCUCCAACUUCUACUUCCGGUCGUGCCGCGACCAGUACGACGAGGUCAUUCUCGAGUACUACCGUUGCCGGUGCGGCGCGGUCCGGAAGCGCGAGCACCCCUCGUACUCGGAGGAGAUGCUGGCCGCAACACCCGGUCAGACGGGCUCUCUUGCUCACUACGUCCGCCACUCUGCCCAGUACUUGUUCGGUUGGCUGGAGUGGCUGGUGAAGUGCAACCUACCGCUAUCAUUUUGCGAGAGCAAACUCGCAAGACGUUACACGCGCCUCCAGUCUGUCUCUGUCGAAACGCUUCGGCGCGUCAUGGACGCGGUGACGCGCUGCGUCGAGCACUCGAUCGCGGCUGAGAUGCCGGAGGAGUUUGGUCUCAUCUUUGACGGUCAUCAAGCCUUCUUGGCUACGAUGCUAGCGCGCGACUAUCAGAAGCGCCUGGACCAGGUUCUCGUCCUGGUGGGAGAUAAUUGCGGCGUCAACCGCCGCCUCGCUACGCUGAUGGGCCUCCCGCUAGUCGGGUUCAAGACCGACCUUCGACCAAUCAUCCGCCAGCAAACCCGCUGGGGUUCGACCUUUGCGAUGAUUAACCGCUACUUCGAGCUUCUACCAUUCAUCGACGCGGAGGAUGACGAGUUGGCCGAGCUCCUUCCCCCGGCGGCGUCCAAGCGGCGGCUUCGAGACCUGCUCGGCGAGCUGAAGGACGUGGAGUCCGUGUCGAAGGCUCUCCAGCGCGCUGACGCAAACCCCCUCGACGUUUGCGUCUGGUUCGACGGGCUCAUUGCCGCGAAGCCCUCGUACGCCCGUUAUCUCGCACCGCGGGCUGACAUCGUCCACAGCCCCGACUUCGAGGCGGGUUGCGUCAAGGUGCUCAAGGAGCAAGCCAAGCGGCUGACCCGGGUGGAGAAGGCGGCGCUGGACGCUUCUUGGCGGCUCCACCAGCGGGCGAGGGCGAGCAAGAAGAGGGGGAUGAGGAGACCAGCGUCGCCUUCGUGGAGCGGCUGUAAAAGCGUCGGCGCCUGGAAGAGCAUCAAACAUGCUACGAACUGCUGA